UGCUCGACGGGGCCGUUGUCGCCCGGGCGGGGCGAUACAGUUGCUCAAAACUUCAGUUAGGAGAUGAAGGUGAGAAACUGAUACGAAGAGGCAAGCUGAUGACUUUGAGAGGUUGUGGCGGAAGUGAGUUGUCUGGAUUACUUCUGAGGAGGAGGGCUUAAAUGUUCGUACCAUGGAAUUAGAAAAGAACAACGAUGUUAAAAGCAAAAGGAGAUGCUUCAAUCAGACCUCCUAUCUUUUUUCUUAUUCUGAGGAAGCUGAGCACACGCUCGUCAGAGACGUUGCAGCAGGAGCUAACCACUCUGGUUUUGGCCAGGCACGUUCUGCCAAUGUUUCAGAAUUAAAGUUGUCAGAGGAAAGCUUACCUUAUUUAAGUUUAUCUUUAGAUGCAGAUAUUGAAAAGUAUAAUAAAAAGAGAAUGAGAAUUUGCUGUGCACAGGUAGAUGAAAGCAAGAAAGAAGCUGAUACAUUGGGAAGGGCAUGUGACACUAUGCACUUUAAUUGCGGGGUGUGUGAUGAUUGCAGACAAAGCCAUUUAGGUGAAGAUUCACAGCUGGAGUAUUUCAGUGCUCACGAGCAAGAUUUUGAUGAUGGGAAUAGCUCAAGUGAGUUUUCUGAGCAAAGGGAAACUCUAGGAAUCGAAACCUUAAAGCUGCUAGAUCCAGUUCAUGAAGUUCCGGGGGGUGGAGUCGCACAGGAACAAAAUCUUGUUGAUGCGUCGGAAGAUUGUUCUCCUGCUUCUGAGUCAGCUGUGCCAGAGCUUCCCCACCUGCUUCAGGACUCUCUGUCUCUGCCAGAUUGCAAUGGCAUGACUUGUGAUCAUCAGGAAGAGCAAACAGAAUAUCAUAGUGUUGUUUGUGGAAGUAUACUUGAAAGUCAUUCUUGUGGGAGUAAAGAAAGGGUCUGUCCGAAUCUGCUUGUAUGUGACAGUGUAGAAAAUGGAGAGGUGAAAGGCAUACGACCGAUUGAUGACACGCUGCCACCCCAAAUCGCUACAGGUGAAGAAGUGUCUGAAAAGAAUGACAGACACAUUCACAGCAUCUCAGUGAAGCAAGAAAACCCUGUACCAGUGGCAAGGGCCCCUGCAGUAGCCAUGCAAUUUUGCGAACGUGCAGGGGACUCUGAUUUCUGUAGUUGUGAAGAAUCUGGUGUGUGCGCACUUGGUACCAGCUGCGUUGACUGCACUGCAAAGGAUGCUGAAACCCAAUUUCCAGUCUCUGAAAUUCUCACUAGCAAGAAUCCCUUUUUUGGGGUGGAAGUUGCAGAUAAAUCCUCCUGUGGAAAUACCAGCUGUCUGAACUCAGAGUUGGAGCACCGUGAAACCUUGAAAAACGUUGCCAGCGACUCUACGGUUAACCAGGCUGUUGAUGCGAGUUCUGAUUUUAGAGCUUGCUUUACAACAAGCAGAAGUACCAGUGCUCAGGUUUGUCUCUCGUCCAGGGCUAUUAAUACAGAGAUAACAAUGAUGAACAAAUCUCGACCCGUGGGAUGGCACCAUGAAGCCUGCGCAGACGUUGCUUGCAAUACAGACUGGUCAUGUGGAGCUGGUAGUACAGAGGGAAUUCGGUCGCAGCUUAUUGACACACUGGAAGAACACUCAGAUGCCAAUACUGCAACAGCUGAAAGAAGUUCACAAAUUCAGGAACAGUGGGAAUCAAGAAAUGAGCUGUGUAGCCGUGAUUUAAAGACAAGCACUGACAGGCUGGUACACCUUGACAAACAAGCUGUGAAGAAUUCUGCAUCAAGCUACUGUCAAAAAAUACUGCAGAGAGCGAUUGAAGCAGAAUUGCAGAUUCUAAACACUCAUUAUCAGAUGUGCUGUCAGCACUGCUUGAAGAUUUACAAACUGGCUUUGGAGGAAAACACAUGUUUUAGCAGAUGUAAUGGAAAUGCUGAAUUAGGUUCAUCUCUCAUGUUGGUUUUGGAAGAGCUAAAGAAGAAUUACAACAGUAUGAGAACGAAAAUAAAAAUGGGCAUACCUUUAAAUGCACUUCCACCGCUAUCAGUUGAGAUGAAGUUGUUCCCAAUCUCUUCUUCUUAUGUCCCCUGCAAGUUGUUCAGAGAGGAUCUUUGCUAUGAUUCUGUUUCAGGCACAAGAAAAACUGACUUUGAAGCACCAAAACUGCAAGAAGGGAAAAUUUCUGUCAACAUGGACAAUCCACAGACUGUAUGUGGCGGUCAGCCAAGUGACUCUACUUCCUCCAAGACAUUUGAAGAACAACAUAAAGAUCAGGACGUGGAACGUGGCUCUGUGAAGAAUGAAGAAGGGAAUGAAUAUUGGUUUGAUGCUAAAGAGGACUUGACAGUAGCAGAUUUUUCAGUAAUAUCUGAAGAAACAAAAAAGCAACAAGAAAAACAAGACACGGUUGAUUUCAGAGAAGCAAAGAUAAUGGAGAGUGGAAAUGAGUGUUCUUUUAUUCGUCUUGGUGGCCUGUGUUCCUCAGUUUCAGAGGGUGAUUUAAGGUCACAUUUCCAGAAGUAUCAGAUUUCUGACACUCUUACCUCUGUGGAUUCUAGUAACUACAGAUAUGCAUUUCUUUCCUUUAAAGACACUAAUAAAGCAAAGUUAGCUGUAGAGGAAAUGAACCAGAAAAAAAUAAAAGGAAAACCAGUAAGUGUUGAACUUGUAAAUACUUCAUCAGAGAAUAAAUAUUUGGUUUCCCAAGUACUUACAAAUAAGCUUUGGCAUGAAAUCCAACCUGUUGAUAACAGUCAAAGAAACGAUCAAGAUAAAACACUCGCUUCGGCCUCCAAUUCUGUGAAAGCACCUGACGCCACCUCUGCUUCUGAGAAAAUGCAUCUCCUUCCCAUAACUUCUUCAAAAAUUUCAUGGUCUGCCCAAGUACCUUCAGAAACAAAGUGCCCUGGUCUGAAAUCAUCUACUGAAGAUUCGGUACAUUAUUUGCUUGGAGUUAAUCAAAAGGAUACUGGAGAAAAUUGCCUGCAGAAAACAUCUGCUCCUUUCUCCACUAAUGCAUAUGAUGCCUUUAUUUCUCCUAAUACGUUGAACUUGAGCAGCUUUACCAAAUUAAUGAAGAAACUUCAAGAAAUUCAUCCAGAGGCUAGCAGAGACAAAAUUGUGGAUGCUCUGCUGGAGGUGAGGAAGAACAACAAAGGUAUCCUAAGUGGCUUGUCCAUCAAUUCUAUUGUGGAAAGGACCUCUGUCAUUCUAAGGAAAUGGACGCCCAGUUGUGGGUGCGAAAAGCAAUGCAAACGGCCCGCCGCCGCCCGGGAGGCAUCCAUCGCUCCGCAGGCGGGCUGGGUGGAGAUGGCCCCGCUCCCCCGGCGAUUCCUCUGCUUCGUCCUGGCCCAUCACUUCAUCGCAGCGACGGCGUGCCAGGAGGCGGACUACGGCUGGAUGAUCCGGCACUACUGCCUGCAGCAGUUCCAGCUCAGCAUGGAGAGCAUCGGGCAGCAGCUCUGGUGUGACUGGGACGAGACCAUGGGCACCUACGGGGAGCUGACGAACUGCACGGUGCUGAUCGCCAAGAGGCUCAACUGCUACUGGCCCAACCGGCUGGUGGACGAGUUCUUCGUGGCCGUCCACAAGCAGUACUUCAGGAACUGCUCCCCCUCCGGCCGGGCGCUGCACGACCCCCCCAACAGCGUCCUCUGCCCCUUCAUCCUGCUGCCCAUCCUCGUCACCCUGCUGAUGACCGCGCUGGUGGUGUGGAGGAGCAAACGCAGCGAGGGCAUCGUGUAGGGACGCCCUACAAGGUGCAAAGGAGGGACAAGGGGACCCCGCCCCGCUGGAACAUGCCCUUUUUUUGGGAAGACCCUGGCAGAAGAGCAUCACAGAGGGGUACCAAGCCCCAGAGGCAGAGACGGCAACGCCACCGCUCUUCCCUCGCCGGUACCCUCCACACCACGCACGUGCCGCUCGCCUGGCGGUUUCCAAAUAAAUACAUCAUUUAAGACACGGUUGUUUGGCGA